CCUCCAGUCUGGAGUUCACAUCCUCAGUGGGUGAGGCAGGAAAUGGGUGGAUCCGGAGCGGCUUUUAUCAUAGGGAAAACUCAGUAAUUCUCAGUCUGGGCGCAGCCGGCGGUGGGGCAGCAAUUUCAGCUCGUUUAAAACGGAUCGCUACCUCGUGUCGGCUCUUUCUUUUCACAACCAAGACUGGAAGCAGAAGCCCUCAGAAUGAAGAAGAAUACAGAUGGCGCCCAAGUGAUCAAAGAGGGAGUGCUGGAGAAGAGAAGCGAUAACCUGCUCCAGCUCUGGAAGAAGAAGUACUGUGUCCUGACCCAGGACAGUGUCGGGCUCUUCCCGGAUUGCCAGAGGCGCUCCCGGAGGAAGGAGCUGGCUCUGCAGCAGAUCCGGACGGUGGACUGUGUGGAGAGAACCGGCAAAUACAUCUACUUCACCGUAGUGACCACCGACAAUAAGGAGAUGGACUUCAGGUGCCUGGGGGAGAGCUGCUGGAAUUCGGCCAUCACCAUGGCUCUCAUUGAAUUCAAGAACAGAAAAGCCAUUCAGAGCUUCAAAUCCCGACAAGAGAGUGAGACUCCGUCUCCGGAGCAACAGGAGAAGGUGUUGGGAAGGUCACCUUAAACCACCCCCACCACCUCCCCUUGCUCCACAGACAGGCAAAUUAAUCAUGGAAAGAAUCUGACUGAGGAUGUGGACGAAGGAAACCUAAGGGAUUCGGAGUGAUUCAAAAUGAACACAGUUUCAUCCUCUGAGCUGCUUCUGCCAAAUCGAUCCAAGCUGCUGCUGCGUACAGAGCCAGUGGAAACCCAGGAUCCAAAGCCAGCCUGAAGGGAGCCCAAAGGAGGCUGGCUAUAAAACAGCUUCUCUAUUUAUUUAUCUUGCCGCACCCAAGAACUUUUAUGUUUGCAUCAACUUUUCACAUAAAUUAUUUUGAAAUCUAA